GCAUUUGCAACCGAUUAGACGAAUCUCGACUCUCGUAUCUUGGACUUAUGCGACGCUACUGCAUAAACAUCUGGGACAAUGCAGAAACCACGUCGGUUGCCUUAAAUGAAGCCCUAAUUCAGUAACUCCGAUGCGGAAGACUGCAGAGAGCAUCUUUCGCCUCCGCGACCACCUCGGAUUCAAGUUAGCGAACCUUGCAAGCCUAGUCGCUGCAUGUGUGUACAAUUUUGAUAUGGGGCCAAAUCGUAUCGUAGGCGCAUAUAUCGGACUGUUGGCGCGCAGCUGUCGUCGCUCUGUCCUAACGUAGCGCCUUACUUCUCUUGAUGAGAUUCCUAGAUAACAUGAGAUUUUGUGGAAUCUCUGCCAUUGCGCUGGCUUUGACCAGCGUUGCUUUGUCUGCCGCGGUAAUACCUCGAGAUGAUUUGCUUACAGAUCUUCAGAAUCAGGCCAUGGAGGCACUGAAGCAAGCUGAGGCAAACAGUACACUUGCGAAGAGGAGCUGCUCUCUCUCCAACGCACAUGUCCGUCGAGAUUGGAACUUAUUGAGUAAGAAGGAACGAAAGUCCUACAUCAAAGCUGUGAAAUGUAUGAUUUCAUCGCCAUCAAAAACACCUGCAGGACUUGUAUCCGGUGCAAAAACACGAUACGACGAUUUCGUUGCUCAACAUAUCAACCAGACAACGUCGAUCCACGGAACGGGCAAUUUCUUGAGCUGGCACAGGUACUUCGUGUACGGCUAUGAGAAGGCUCUGCGGGAUGAAUGUGGCUACACGGGUUACCAGCCGUACUGGAACUGGUUUAGUUACCAAAACGAUUUGAGCAAAUCUCCCCUUUUCGAUGGUUCCGAGACUAGUAUGGGUGGUGAUGGCGCUUUCCUUAAGCACAAUGGCAGUGUUAGCGGUGGUGGCUCGAUCCUCUUGCCAUCAGGAAAUGGAGGCGGAUGUAUAAAGAGUGGUCCUUUCAAGAAUCUGCAACUCAACCUCGGUCCUGUCCUCCCUGCUAUGGAAGGAUACGCUGCCGUAACGGACCCAUUCGAGUGGAACCCAAGAUGCGCUCGACGCGAUUUCAUUCCCACUACGGAAGACUACACCUUCACCAACCUCUAUAACAUGACACUCGGCGAGGCUUCUCAGAGCGUAUACACGUUCCAGAACGAGCUUCAGGGACGUUUUUCCGACGGAUUUCUAGGUACACAUACCGCUGGACACGUGAAAGUUGGUGGUGAUGCCGCCGAUUUCUUCAGCAGCACGAACGACCCUGUGUUCUUCCUGCACCAUGCCAUGUUAGAUCGUGUGUGGUGGAUGUGGCAGGCGUUGCAUCUCAAUCAGGCAAAGACAGUAGCUGGUACCAUUACUAUCCUCAACAACCCACCAAGUAGGAAUACUACGUUGCAGGACGUCAUCAGCACGAAUUUCCUCAACAUGCCAGACAGGCCGAUCGGAGAUCUGCUAGGUUCGCUGGAUGGAGAGCCAUUCUCGAAGCAGAUGCUGCAGCCAAUUCCCAUAAUCGGCGCUGGCAUCGCCGGUCUAACGCUGAGCCGCAGCCUCCUCCAUCGCGGCAUCCCAACCAUUAUCUACGAAAAGUCAAGCUCAAACCCACGCUUCAAUUACGCCAUCACUCUUCACUCGACUGCCUACCAGCCCCUUCUGGAAGUUCUGAAUCUUGAUGAUGUUGCGUUCAAGAAACGCGUCGCUGUUGAUGCCGAAGAUGGCGGGGCUGGAACAAUCGGAGAGCAAGUAGAUUUACCCAGCCAUGGAGGUCUAUACGCAACAACAUCAUCAUUUCGCGCCAAUAGAGCGAAGCUCGAACACCUGCUUCGUGAAGGUCUCGACAUACGUUGGAAACACAGUCUUCAAGGUGUUCAGAGGACUCAAAAAGGACCUAGGAUACGUUUCAGUAAUGGCGAAUCGUGGUCUAGUGGGAAACUUGUUAUAGGCGCAGAUGGUGUACAUUCCGACCUACGGAAACUUCUACUCCCAGCUUUAUCACAUCUGAACGUCCUUCCGUAUGUCGUUUUCAAUGGGAAAAGGAGAAUGGAGAGGGAGGAAUUUGACAACAUGUUCCGCGACGUGGCGAGGCCAAGGGAAAUGAAUGUUUGGGAAGUAAAAGCUGGGGAUGUGAUGCUUAAUGUCAGUGUUAAUAAGACGACGAGUGAAGAGGUAAGUCUCAGCUGGAUAUACUCGCGUCCUGUGCGUAGCGACGAGGAUGCACUGCAUCGUCCUAAUAGGCCGAACGAGGACGCGCAGAAGACACCCGAUGAGCUCUUUCAAGAGAUUGGUGAGCUGAGAAGUCUGGAAUCUCCCUUCUCGGACAUAUUCGAUGCGAAGAAGAUGCGCGGGGACAGGAUACUGCAUUGGCUGAUGCGAACAACAUCUACACCACUGUCGGAUUUGCAGGAUCUGUUUGCGAGGAAUGGAGUAUGUUUAAUGGGCGAUGCAAUUCAUGCAGAGCCUAUCGUGGGAGGUAACGGAGCCAACGCCGCUAUCUUAGACGCAUUGGCGCUUGCAGAAGCCAUCUCGAGCGAAGAAAAGAGAGACUGGGAAGGUAUCGAGGGCAACGUGAAGAAAGGCGUAUCGAAGUGGUAUGAUGAACGUUAUCCGGAGUGGGAGCAAGGGGCUGUAGAAAGUCAAAAAGCCAUCGCAAGAAUGCAUGAGGUGUCGUUAGGGGCGGAUGCGCGGCUUUAAGUAUCCAUGUAGGAGUACUCACCGAAGUAAACUACAGAAGCCGCGCCAAUGAAGACAAGGGUGGCGUGCUCGAUAGAUUUGUGUACUAAGAACCUCGUGCUUUCUGGAUUAUCCGACAGUACAGAAGGUACUCUACAAACACUUGCUGCACCUCCUAGUAAUAUACUUGCAG